AUGCUAGUCAAAAGUCGCACUGCUGACCAACACAUCUCUAACCUAUCUGCCAUGUUCACGAUCCUAAAGCAGUAUAGAAUAAGGCUUAACCCUGCGAAGUGUGGCUUCGGCAUGGCUUCAGGGAAAUUCCUUGGCUUCAUGAUCAGCCAGCGAGGUAUUGAAGCCAAUUCAGAGAAAAUCCAGGUCAUCCUAGACAUGAAGAUACCCAAGAUGGUCAAGGACAUCCAGAGCCUUACAGGGCGCGUCGCGACCCUGACUAGGUUUAUCUCCAAGGCUACUGAUCGCUACGCCCCAUUCUUCAAGGCACUUAAGGGUAGCAAGCGAAGCAUUACUUGGAUUGCUGAGUGUGACAAGGCUUUUAGCGAGCUGAAGGAGUAUAUGAGCCGGGCCCUUUUAUUGUCAACCCCCGAGCCUAGAGACAUCCUCAUGAUUUACCUUUUCGUCUCAGCUACAGCAGUUAGCCCUGUGCUCAUCCGACCAAAGGAAAGUGCUGAACACUCGGUGCAUUAUGUUAGCAAAGCAUUACAAGAUGCCAUUCGCCCAAUGGGGACUUGA